AUGAUAAUAGAGAAAAACUAUUUGCUUGUGUUGAUGUGUUGUUUCCUUGAUUGUUAUCAGCAACCUGUAGCAAAAGAUCCUGAAGAGAAGGCUCCCAAAAAACAUGCAUCAAAAGCUACUGAAAAGAAAGGGAAAGCUGUUGAAAUCGCUAAAAAAGAACCCCUUGAUCCUGUUGCCGAGAAACUUCGCCAACAAAGGCUUGUGGAAGAAGCUGAUUACAAGUCCACUGCUGAACUUUUUGCCAAGAAAGGGGAUGACAAGACCCUUGAUAAUUUUAUUCCCAAAUCUGAAAGUAACUUUUUGGAAUACGCCGAGCUUGUUUCUCAUAAGCUUCGCCCAUAUGAGAAAAGUUACCAUUACAUUGUACUACUCAAGGCAUUGAUUAGACUAUCAGUGAGUUCCUUGAAAGCUGCUGAUACUAAAGAUAUAGUGUCUUCAAUCACGGCAAUUGCAAAUGAAAAAUUAAAAGCAGAGAAAGAAGACAGGUGGCAAGAAAAAGCAGCUCCAUGUUGAUAAACCAGAUGAUGAUUUGGUUGUUAAUGCUUAUGAUGAUAUAGACGAGUAUGACUUCAUGUGAUCCAUUUGGGGGCAUAUAUCCCCUUGAUCUAGUGUUUGCAUAGGGAUCUUGUGUUCACCGCAGCAUCAUGUAGAGGCUGAUCCAACGGCUCUGUUUUUUUGGGUUUUUGAUUCUUGGAAAAAUUUAAUUGUCCUAUGGACACAUCCAUAAUGUGAAGAUACUGGAACUAUUAGAUAAAAACCUUCAGAAGGAAAGUCUUGUCUAUGGUUUUGGGCAGUUUUGGUGUUCUAUUGCCUUAAAAUUCAUAUGAUGUUUUUGCCGAAGGCUAUUGUAAGAAUAUACAAUAAUACAAUUUGUCUGUGCAUUAUGAGAA